AUGGAACCAACUUCAAAUUUAGUAGUAGGUGCAAGGUGUGAAAUACAAGGAAAAUUGGGAACAAUUCGUUUUGUUGGACAUAUUACUUUUGCUACAGGAAAAUGGGUCGGUGUAGAGCUAGACGAACCUUUGGGUAAAAAUAACGGCUCGAUCGCUGACGAACGUUACUUUGAUUGCAAACAAAACCAUGGAAUAUUUGUUAGGCCUUCACAAAUAAAAAUUAUUGAUUUGAUUAAUUCGCUUCAAAGUCAACAAUAUAACGUAGAGCAUCCCCAUAAUCAAGCAGAUGACGCUGAUAUGAAAGAAACAAAACAAUCAAAACAUCCAUUGGAAUUCUUAUUUGGAACGUGGUAUGGAGAAGGAAAUGGUAAAUUUGAAGGUAUUAGUGAUUUCGUUUAUAAUGAGGAAAUUACCAUCAACCCCGAUGAAGCUAAUAGAGGUUGGCUAUAUUAUAGACAAAGAACGUGGAAUCCUAUGAAAAAUAAUUCAAACUUUCAUAGCGAAGUGGGAUAUAUUAGAACACCUGGAAUGAGUGAAAAGAUUGAAUUGGUUUUGGCUCAACCAACAG